UCGCCGAGCCUAUCACACACGGGUACAGAUUACACAACCCAAUCAAGAAUCACCGCACGCUUGCUCUGCUCCUCCUCCGCGGAGUAAUUCCGACGAACACCUCGCUCGCGCGCGCUCCCGCAGCACCCGCGGCCUUGUCCGCUCGAAUGGCGUAACGGGAGUACGGGACCAGCGUCACGAGAGCGCGUGGGCGUGGCAAUGGCUGCCGUGGCUUCUCUCUGCCCCUUAUCCGUCGCCUCCCUCCCGCUCUCUCACUCCUGCUGCUUCAGGAGCCCCGAUUAUUGGAGCCGCUUCGCCGCGACCGCGAGCAAUGGCUGUGGCUGUGCGGUUCUUUCCACCAGGGGCUACGCGAGGUCACGGUCGCGGUGGAGGAGCCCGGUUCGCGCCGCCAAGAUGGACGAGGCGGACAAGAACAAGGGCGCCGGUCUGGGGUUCCGCCCUCCCGACCGCAAGAAGCUGCGCUUGAGGCUGCGGUCGCGGUUGCGCCUGCUGUGGUGGCGGCUCCGGCGGCUGUCGCCGCGGGACCUCGCGGGCGACGCCGGGGCCGCGUUGCGGCGCGCCGUCCGCCGCGUGCCUCCCGCGGCCGCGGCGCCGGUCCUCCUGGCGGUUCUCCUCUUCGCUGCGCGGCUCGCGCUGCCCAAGAACGCGGCCCGGGAGGUGGCCUACUCGGACCUCGUGGCGGGGCUCCGCGAGGGCGCCGUGGCCGCCGUCGCGUUCGAGGAGGACUCGCGCCGCAUCUACUUCAGCAAGAAGGCCGGGGACGAUGGCGCCGACGCGAGCGAGGCCGGUGAGAGGGCCGCGGCGGCUGCGGCGAAGUGGCCGCACUACGCGCGGAGGGUGCCGCACGACGAGGGGUUCCUGCUAGGCCUGAUGCGGGAGAGCGGGGUGGACUACAGGUCCGCGCCGCGGCCGGCGGGUAGGCUGCUGGUGGACAUGCUGAGCACGCUGCUCACGCUGUGGGUCUCGCUGCUGCCGAUGAUGUGGUUCAUACAGAGGCAGAUGUCGGCUGGGGGCGGCGCAGAGAAGAGGCGUAGGCCGAGGAAGCAGAGAGUGUUAUUUGAUGAUGUCCAGGGCGUCGAUGAAGCGAAGGAGGAGCUUGUCGAGAUAGUGAGCUGUUUGCAUGGUUCACUGAACUACAAGAAGCUUGGAGCAAAAUUGCCCAGGGGGGUUCUGCUUGUUGGCCCUCCAGGAACCGGGAAGACUCUGCUGGCAAGGGCAGUUGCAGGAGAGGCUGGGAUUCCAUUUUUCUCUGUUUCUGCUAGCGAAUUUGUUGAAGUUUUUGUUGGAAGAGGUGCAGCCCGGGUCAGAGAUUUGUUCAAGGAGGCCAAAGAAGCUGCUCCGUCAAUCAUUUUUAUUGAUGAACUUGAUGCCGUGGGUGGAAGUCGAGGUAGAAGUUUUAACGAUGAGAGGGACCAAACUCUAAAUCAGCUUCUUACCGAAAUGGAUGGUUUUGACUCGGACAUGAAAGUUAUCGUCAUGGCUGCUACUAACAGGCCAAAAGCACUUGAUGCUGCUCUUUGUCGGCCUGGCCGCUUCUCCAGGAAGGUUGUUGUUGGGGUGCCUGAUUUGGAGGGCCGCAAAAAUAUUUUGGCUGUUCAUCUAAGGGAAAUUCCUUUGGAAGAGGAUCCUGAAAUAAUUUGUGAUCUGGUUGCUAAUGUAACCCCAGGAAUGGUUGGCGCAGAUCUAGCAAACAUUGUUAAUGAGUCUGCCUUACUAGCUGCACGAAGAGGUGGGAAUACUGUGGCUCGGGAGGAUAUCAUGGAUGCAAUUGAGAGGGAGAAAUAUGGGGUCAACGGUAGACAAGAAAAUGAUGAUUCUGAAAGGCAAGGCCUCACCAGAUUAUUUCCAUGGCUACCUAAACCUGGAAAUAAACCAUCAAGCCCUGAUGAUUUUCGAGGACUGAUGGGUUAUCAUACGUUAAGCUAACUUGAGCCUUUUCAAGAACCGAGAAGGGAUAUAAACUGCAAGACUAAAAGUGGUGCUGAAAUCGUCCAUGUACCUGGGAAACUGUUGCCUAUAGUUGUAUAGCAGCAAACAUACAUCUCCACAGUAUCUGUGAAGGAUGUUGCACUCAGUGACUUUAGGUAUUUUCAGAAGAAAGUUGUUACAAAUUACAAGAGGAAAGCUUGUGAAAUACAGAGUUGCAAAAAAUUUCCUAGCUUAGAUCAGUCGCUCCGUAAUUUUGAAGAAACAUCGCUCUGGUUUUCUCACAUAGCCUGCAUUGUUAAUAGAGAAUUUAAAAUAGUUUGCAAACUGGUUGCACUUCGACUACUGUACACGAAUCAGUCAUUCAUCUCAUUCUUACCAACAAGAAGUCUGGAAGUUCUGCUGGAGUUGGAUCUGCAACGAUGUGCAAGCAGAAAUACUCAGCUCAGCAUCAUAUUUCAUAAUUCACAUUGUGCGACUUCUUUUUUUCAUGUUAACUUGCACUACUUUUAUUCUGUAUAUUUACUGAAUCACAGUCAAGAACAGAUUGUGUAGCUUUGGCAGUUUCAAAUGUGAAAUUGCUCAAUCUGUCAACAUA